UGUCGUCUGAUCUUCAAGCCCCAUGCCAUCCAGCAAACUGUAAGCGCGCUACAAAACCAACAUGAAAAAGUAUGAAAUAGGUGAAAUGUCUUUUCCCGAAAACCGUAUCUAUAUCGUGGCCGGUGAAGUCGUCGUUUUAUUAGCUGCCUUGAAACGAACAUCGGGAUGGACGCAUCAUUACCAGGAAGAACAGGACCCGCUGACAAGAGGUUUAAUGGGCCUGAAGGAAAUGUUGGGCCGGGCUACGGACUUGUCAGACAUGGAGCCAAGUGUGUACUUUGGACCCUUUUUAGAUAUCGUUCGUACAGCAGAAAUGCCCGGAGCUGUCACUUCGAUGGCCCUAGCAACCGUUAACAAGUUCCUGUCCUAUGGACUGAUUGAUCCAAGGUUAGAGUCCGCAGCCGCCACUGCAGAGAGCGUAGCGGAUGCCGUCACGAGGGUCCGCUUUGCCGGCACGGACACGGGUUCGGACGAAGUCGUGCUCGUCAAAAUCCUGCAUGUCCUUCGAUCGCUGUUCCUGUCGCCGGUUGGAGCUCUGCUCUCCAAUGAAUCUCUCUGCGAAAUCAUGCAGACGUGCAUUAGGAUAUGUUUUGAGGGAAGACUUAGUGGGCUUCUGCGAAAGGUAGCCGAACAGGCAUUGACGGACAUGGUGCAGCUCCUCUUCUGUCGGUUUCCGCAGUUUUCCGAAGGCGCCAAGGGGGGCUUAGUACGAAAACUUAAAAUGCGUUCGGGCGCCAUGGAAGGUUCGAAGGGCAGCAAGAAGAGGAAAUCGCCUCAAGUGAGGCACACGAAAACUUCGAGGGACGCGGAAGUUGCGCAGCAGCCGCACGCGGAACAAGCCCCGACCCAGAAUGCGAGCGUUACUUCUGCAGAGACAUGCUCGACGAUCAAUACGGAUUCCGAAGCGCACGUUCAAGAUUCAUCAGUUGGUGACCCUCCGGGAGUGAUCCAUUUGUCGGACUCUGUGACUUCCAUCGUGGACAUGGAGGCGACGGCUGGUUGUCAAGGCGACGGCUUUGACAAUUCCCUACAAGUGAGCACGGAAAGCUUCGUAUCCGUCGGUCACGAUGGCUGCGAGAUGAGUUGCCCGGAGAGCCAUCAACCCCCCGCUGUCCCAUCCAGUCUCGAGGCCAGCACAGAGUACGAAGAGGGAAAAACGGCGAUAAACUGCACCGGAGACAACGAUUAUGUGAAUCCACGUGGAGUACGUUUCACCACACACCACGGCGGAAAAGAAGGUCCGGUGCUGCCCUAUGGACUUCCCACCGCACGAGAGGUGUUACGUUUCCUCUGUACCCUGAUCAGCCCCUACGACCCUCAGAACACGGACUCUAUGAUCAGCAUUGGUCUCAGCUUAGUGGCAGUCGCCUUGGAGUCUGGCGGUGACCAAAUCGGCAAUUUCCCGUCUGUGCUGGCUCUGGUGAAAGAUGACCUCUGCAGGAAUCUCUUUGCUUUGAUCAGCACUCCGCGGAAUGUAUCAAUUUUGCCGUUGACAAUCAGGGCGUGUUUUCUACUCUUCGAGUCGCUGCGCACCCACCUCAAGUUUCAACUAGAGAUGUACCUGACAAAGCUGAUGGAACUCGUCGUGACGGAGCCCAUCACCUACAUCCACAAGGAGCUGGCAGUCGACGCCAUUGUCCACCUGUGGCGCAUUCCAGGGCUGGUCACCGAGCUUUAUCUCAACUACGACUGCGAUCUUUUCUGCUCCAACGUGUACGAGGAUCUCACCAAAGUGCUGUCAACGAAUCCAUAUCCCAUGGCGGAUCUUUGUUCUGUGCACCUGUUAUGCCUGGACGCCUUGCUCGCGGUUGUAGACAGCAUUGAGACACACUGCCACUUUCGAACCCUGUUGGAGAGUCAUGCCAAGACAAUUGCACGUCCCGAGGAAGGCAGUGCAUCACCCGAAGCACCGACGACGCCCCCUGCACCGCCGCUUGUCCUCGUGCCUUUUGGCUACCAGAUGGGGCAACAGAUGCUCGGGAGACAAUCUGGAGACAUAUUCCUCCAAACGACGCCCAAGGGGCGAGAAUCCCUUUUUAUUCAGCCAAACAGGAAGAACGUCUCGGAAAACAUUCCUACGCACGAAGAGCUCAUGGCAAUCAAACACAGGAAGAAGGUGCUGGCAUCAGGGACGGAGCAUUUCAAUGCCAAGCCAAGCAAAGGCAUAGAGUUCCUCCAGGAACACGGCCUCCUCAGCAAUCCCCUCGAUCCCGCCGAAGUGGCUGCCUUCCUCAGGGACAACGCGCAGCUGGACAAGAAAAAAAUUGGGGAGUACGUGUCGAACCGCAAGAACCUUAAGGUCCUGGACGCUUUUGUCAAGUCAUUCUGCUUUCAAGGCACGAGAAUAGAUGAAGCCCUUCGGAUGUACCUCGAAACGUUCCGCCUUCCCGGAGAAGCUCCGCUCAUUGCGCUUCUAAUGGAACACUUUGCAGAACAUUGGCAUAAAAGUACUGGCGAACCGUUUGCCAACAGCGAUGCUGCCUUCACGCUAGCGUAUGCAGUUAUCAUGUUGAACGUGGAUCAACACAACCACAAUGUGAAGAAACAGAUCAACCCAAUGACAUUAGAAGGCUUCAAAAAAAACUUAAAGAAUGUGAAUGGAGGCAUAGACUUUGACAAGGAUAUGCUCGAACAAGUGUACAAUGCAAUCAGGAAUGAGGAAAUUGUGAUGCCGGCGGAACAGACCGGUUUAGUCCGAGAAAACUACCUUUGGAAGGUUCUUUUGAGGCGAGGGAUGGCCAAAGGAGGUGCCUUCGUGCACGCUCCAAACGGACUUCUGGAUCACGACCUGUUCACUCUGGUGUGGAGCGCAGCCGUUUCUACGCUUUCUUUCGUCCUGGACAAGGCUGCUCCCGAGAGCAUGGUGCUGAACAAGGCCAUUGCGGGAUAUCGAAAGUGUGCCAGCAUAGCUGCGCAUUAUGCCAUGAGUGAUGUCUUCGAUCACCUCAUCAUCUCUCUGUGCAAGUUCACGGCGCUUACGAGCACGGAAGCACCUGAAAGCAUUCCCGCUGCUUUGGGCAACAGCCAGAAGGCCCAGUUGGCUGCCAAGACAGUUUUCACUAUGGCCCACAGACAUGGAGACAUCCUGAGGGACGGUUGGAAGAACCUGAUAGACUGUAUGCUCCGGCUCUACCUGGCCAGGCUUCUCCCAGAGCCGUUGGUCACGGCAGAAGACUUUGUGGAUCCCUCUGGUUCGGUCUCCCUAGCUCGUCCAGAAGAGUCACCCCUGCAGGCACAGCGUAAUGAACAGCAGGGGUUCCUAAGUUCAGUUUAUUCGUACCUGACGGAAAGCAGUCAGCGAGGUCCCAACCCCGAAGAUGAAAAAGCCAGGGAGGCCGCCCAAGCAUGCGUGGUCAACUGCAAUCCGGAACUUCUCAUCUCGGAGAGCAAAUUUUUGCGAAUCGAUGCGCUGCAAGAACUAGUCAAGGCACUGAUAUACGCGUGUCAUGGUCCCGAAAGUCACUCAUCCAUGUCGGGCGGCUACGACGAAUACUCGACUGUCUUUCUCUUGGAAGUGCUCAUCAAGGUUGUCUUGCAAAACAAAGAUCGUGUGGGACCCAUCUGGCCAGCUGUGCGUGACCACCUCUACAGCUUAGUGAUGGGUGCAAGUGCCAGCGAUUACCGCUUCCUCCUGGAACGGGCUGUCGUCGGCAUCCUGCGCCUUGCCAUACGGCUUAUCCUGCGAGAGGAGAUGGCCUCACAGGUGCUGCAAUCUCUGGGAAUGCUACUGAUGCUGAAGCCAGCUACGAUACAGCAAGUAUCCCGGCAGGUGGCAUAUGCACUCUAUGAGCUCCUACGCACCAGUGCCCCUUGCAUUCAUGCUGCUAAGGAUUGGGCAACCGUAUUCUCACUGAUGGCAUGUGCCGGAGCUGGACUCCGGCCACCAGGCCUCUUCGGUACUCUAACUCCAGCCUCCCCAGCGAAAAUGGCUCCCACAUCCGUAGAUGACGACGGAUUUGGUAGUCUGGGUGUUCAGUCAGAUAGCGAAUUAUCGAGAAAAACACCAGCGGAAUGCUGCGAGGAUCGAGGAUACACAUCAGAUAGCGAACUCUACCAGAACGUGGCAUCAUCGAGCAGCGAGAACACGAGACCCCCUAGUGCUGAAGGCAUGCCAGCGCUACAUUCUGCAGGCAAAAGUGGCUUGGCGACCGGCGGAUGGAUUCUGGUCAGUGAAGGGGAUGAAGGCAGUCGUGGUUCCCCCACCAACCAGUAUUCAAUAAUGCUGGCCUGUGACCUGAUGCCACAUGACCCAUUUGCCCUGGCCAAGUGCUGCGAGUGCCUGGCAUUCCUGGUUCGAGACAUGGCACACAUCACGCAGAGCAACGUGGCCGGAUGCAUACGUUGCAUACGGGUAUUCGUCGAGGCGAGCCUGCACGGGGGUCAGAAUGCCCGCAGAAAAGGAGCAAAGACGAGAGGCACAAAAAUGCAGACGAGACGCAGGGACGACCACUGUCAGAGGAAGCAGCCUCGGUCGCACAGCGAAGGGUACGAAGGCGACAGUGAAGAUAGGUUAGAUGAAGCGCCGUCCGAUUAUCAGCGUGUUUCCAUUCAACUGUUGGACCUGAUGCACGUCCUUCAUACAAGAGCUGCUUCCAUAGUACAAGUGAAAGACACAACUCCUCCGGACACAACAGGGUCUUUCUUCCACGCUGGGCUUCCAGCAAGGAAUGCGGGUGACUUGUCCGUUCUGUCAGGGCAGCCACUUAGUUUGUGGUCUACAUGUUGGUGUCCACUUCUGCAAGGUAUUGCGAGGCUGUGCUGUGACACAAGGCGGGACGUACGUACGUCUGCCCUGACCUACCUUCAACGGUCACUGCUAGCUCAAGACCUUCAGGCACUGACUGCCCUCGAAUGGGAAGCAUGCUUCAACAAAGUCCUUUUUCCUCUGUUGACAAAGCUGAUGGAAAACGUGAGUCCUUGCGAUCCGCUGGGUAUGGAAGAGACAAGAAUGAGGGGAGCUACGCUCCUGUGCAAGGUGUUCCUUCAACACUUGAACCCCUUGCUGUCUCUCCCAACAUUCACUGCACUCUGGAUGACUAUCUUGGACUUUAUGGAGAAGUACAUGCGCUCAGAAGGCAGUGACUUACUGAGUGAAGCAAUUCCAGAGUCGCUGAAAAAUAUGUUGCUGGUGAUGGAGACGGCAGGCGUCUUCGAGGAGAAUGGAGAAGAGUUGGGAGCCAAGCCGCAGACCGGGAAUUAUGGACGCCUCUGGAGCGAAACGUGGGACCGCAUCGGCAGCUUUUUGCCGAACCUUCACAAGGAAGUCUUCAAGCCACCUCCUGUGCCGCCUCCGCCAAAUGUGACGGUGCCGACGACGUCGUCUCUCUCGGAAUCGCCGUCCGCCACGUCGAUUCCGAGUCAGCGUUUCAACGUCGAUUCAACGUCGCUCGUGCCAUCGGCGGCACCCCAGUUGGUGUCGAUAACAACAACAACAACAACGACAACACAUGGUGGCCCUUCAUGCAAUGUUGCGUGUCAGCCGUCUGGAGUCGAAUCGGAGUCGAACCAGCGUGAAUUUGCGUCUAUUACGGGGGAAGAUCCCCCAGGACCUGGCAUGUCCCACAGCAGCACAAGCGUAAUAUCGGACUCGGGUAGCCUUCCGACGGCAACUCCGGUCGCGGCGCAAGAACAGGAGAACCCUGCCUUCGAGAAAAAAUCCGGCAUCACCGUCGCCGGCGUCACCGACGUCGGACAUCCCUCGGUCAUCCUGCACCCGCCCUCUUUCUCACCGCCGCCCAUGCAUUCGGGAAGCUACGUGUCCUGCGCCACUGUUGCGCCUGUUCCACUUCUCAUCGAUCCGACCGUGUUUGGCGAGAACCAGAGUUCGGCUGGACAGUACACCCUACAGCCUAGGGUGGAAUAAGAGUGAGGCCGUGCAAGAAAAGUUUAUAAAUGAAAUGGUGUCUUUCACCCUGUUGAACAGAACAUCAAAAACCUGUACAUAGUGAAAUAAAAAGUAUCGUAAAAACGUCCUA